AUGGCUGAAAAAAAUCCAUUUUUAGUUGAUGGUUGGUAUCAGCAAAACGAAACACACAUGAAUAAUUUAGAUAGUUUUGGAAAAAUGCUGAUUUAGAAUUAUACUAAAAUGAAUUUCCUCAUCAAGUCUAUUGAACAUUAAAAUUUUGUGACUGCAAGAAGCGACAAUUUUGAGAAGAUUCCAUUUUAAUCUGUAUUUUAUGCUUCAGAAUAAGGUGGAUUUCUUUUCGCUGCUUAUUCUAAUACUUCUCUUUCAAAUUUAGUUGAGCAAAACAAUUAACAAGGAAAAUAUUAAUAUGAUCCUAGAAAUCGUUUUUGGUAUUAGAAUAGUUUAAAUUAAACUUCAUUUUACAUGAAUUCGCCAAAUUUAUCUUAUGGUAAAAACAUUCCUUAUAUGUCAUAAUUCGGAUGCUAAAAAUUGAUGUUUUAUAAUCCUGUCACAGAGAAAGUUGAAAACCAUCAUGUGUAAUGCAUUGAAGCGAUGCUUUCGAAUAAAGAUUAUAAUUAGUUUUAGUUCAACUAAAUAGAUAACUUUUUCAAUGUUGAGUUGGAAUAUUUGUAAGAUUAAAAACAAUCAUUAUAUUUUCAAAAUAUGAUAAAUGAAAAUUACAACAAAUGGGUCUUUAGUACUUCAAGUAAUUUCACAACUUUUUAAUAAAUGGCAAAUUAAAGCUAAUUCUAAGUAGUUUUUGACUAUAAAAGGAAUUCAUCUGUUUAUAAAGUCAUCAUUAAUCCAGUAAUUGGAUAUGAUGAUAUCCCAAAAUAUAUCAGUCAAUACUCUAAUUCUAAUGGGUAGUAGUUAGAGUAUGUGUACUUAUAAAUUAAUAUGAUUUCAAACGAAGAUUUAAGAGCAAAAACAGAUUCUUUAAUUAAACUCUCAAUAUGCUUAAAAAAUAUAGCAAUAUGA